AUGGAUAUUUCUAAUGGGGAGUUGGUGGCCUUGGUUUGGGGAGGUUUGCCACUCUUGGGGUUGCUCUUGUGGUGGUGGAAUGACCUUUGGUACGCGCUUCCUCUAAAACUCCGACAUUCGCCUACCGGCGCUAAAUUGCCACCAGGUCACAUGGGACUUCCAUUCUUAGGCGAAAUACUCACAUUCCUUUGGUAUUUCAAAAUUCUUCGUCGUCCAGAUGAUUUCAUCAAUGCUAAGCGAGCAAAGUACGGCGAUGGAGUGGGCAUGUAUAGAACACACCUCUUUGGAUCACCGACUAUCAUAACAUGUUUCCCAGGAGUCAACAAGUUUGUGUUCCAAUCAGAUGAGACAUUCAUCCCAGACUGGCCUAAUGUGGACAUUGUAGGUUCUAGUUCUAUAGUGUCAGUUCAUGGAAAGUCCCAUACUCGACUUAGACGUUUUGUCGAAAAUGUAAUUAACCGACCCGACCCUCUACGUCGUAUAGCUCAACGAGUCCAGCCUCGCAUGGUGGCUGCACUUGAGUCAUGGGCUCACAAGGGUCGAUUCAAAGCAUAUGAUGAAGCUAAAAAGGUAACAUUUGAAAAUAUUGGAAACCUAUUCGUGAGUUUGGAGCCAGGGCCUCUCCUAGAUACCAUUGACAACUUGUUUGAUGGAUUGGUCAAAGGAAUCAGAGCUCAUCCAUUGAACAUUCCUGGAUCUGCUUAUCACCAUGCCCGUCAGUGUAGGAAGAAGCUUGAAGACAUUUUCAGGGUGGAGCUAGAGAAGAAAAAAACCCAAAAGGAAGGAGUGACAAAUGAUCUAAUGGAUGGGCUUAUGCAAAUUAAGGACGAUGAAGGCAAUAGAUUAAAUGACCAAGAGGUGUUAGAUAACAUUGUCAGCAUUGUUAUUGCUGGAUAUUCAUCCACUUCCCUCUCAAAAAUGUGGGCUUUAUAUUAUCUCGCCAAAUACCCUAAUGUCCUCCAAAAGCUUCGGGAAGAGAAUAUGGUUGUAAGUAAGAACAAGACUGGGGAGUUCAUUACAAGUGACGAUGUUUCGAAAAUGAAAUACACAAACAAGGUGGUGGAAGAAACAAUAAGAUUGGCCAACAUUGCAGCAUUUGUUUUCCGUUUGACUACUAAAGAAGCCGAGUAUAAAGGUUAUAGAAUACCUAAGGAUUGGAGAGUAAUUGUUUGGAUUCGUUAUCUCCAUACAAAUCCGGAGAAUUUUGAUGAUCCCAUGUGCUUUAACCCAGAUAGAUGGAAUGAACCAUCAAAGCCUGGAACGUACCAAGUUUUUGGUGGUGGGUCAAGAAUUUGUGCAGGAAACAUGCUUGUUAGGAUACAACUUGCAACCUUCUUACAUCAUUUGUCUAUCGGAUACAAGUAA